AUGAGGAGGAGACAGGAAGUAAAGAAGAUAGACAUUUGUCUUUGACAAGUACAACAGAGUUUGCAAGUUGCAGUUGUGACAAGCUGAGAAGGAAAACCAGAACAAAAGGCGAUGAUUGAUCACAAAUUAUUCAGCAUUUCUCUGUUUUUGUUGCUUCUUUAUUCAGGAGCACUUAGUGAAGAUCUUUCGCUUGCCUUCACUGUCAGAGAUGGAGAUAAAGUCACUUUGCCUUGUAAAAAUCGGAUCAACAUUCAUCACAACUGUCACACUACCACCUGGAUCUUCAGAGAUUCAAGAGGCACACCAGCAGUAGAGCUGGUUAAUCAUGGACAAAUCAAAGAAGAAGCCAAAUCAGACAGACUGAGUGUUACAGCAGAAUGCUCACUGGUUAUAAAAAAGGUCACAGCUGAGGAUGUUGGUCGUUACACCUGCAGACAGUUUAGAGGCAAUCCAGGGAGACAGCAAGGUCCAGAUGCUGUGGUUUAUCUGUCUGUUGUCGUCAUGACCGAAAAGAAGAACGCUGAUAAAGUAACUUUAAGCUGCUCUGUGUUGACAUUUGAUCGGUGUAAACACAAAGUGAAGUGGAUCCAUAACAGAAGAGAUCUGGAUAGAGAUUACUCAAAUUUAAAAACAUCACAGUCUUCCUGCUCUGCUACAGUGACUUUUCUGAACCUUACAUAUGGUCACAUAUCAAAUUCUGACUUUAAGUGUAGCUUAAAAAGUACAGAAAAUAACAAAGAGCAGCUUUUUACCUUCAGCCAUCAUUCAUCAGGUGAAGAAACAAAUACAGCAACAACUGUUAAAUUAGACACAAUGACUACAAUAAAAGUGCUGGAAAUGGAUGGUUCAACAAAUUUACCAGAAAUAUAUGCAGCAGCAACAAUUAAAUUGGAAAUAAUGACUGAAUCUGGCAUUAAAGGAGGUCUGACAACAAAACAGCUGGAAAUCAUGAAUGGUUUGAGAAAAUUACCAGACUGGUCCUGGUACAGGCUUGCCAUUGUGGCUCUGGGUUUAGUAGCACUUAUAGCAGCUGUUGUUGUCGUCGGCAUCUGGAUAAGAGCUGGGAAAAAAGCACAGAUGGAUGAAAACAUGGAACAGAAUUUAAACUCUGCAGUAACUUCGUCUGGUCCAGGAACUAUUCAGGAAUCUGUGAGAUCACACAGUUACUCACCACAUGUAUUGGUUCGCUUAUAUGUUGAAUCUGCAUUUUAUACAUUACUGAGCAGUCUUUAUGUUGUCUUCACUGUGCAGGCUGAUCUUCAAGAUGUUGUUCUCUACGCCUCCCUCAGCUACACUGAGACCACCUACAGCUGUCCAGGUCUUCAGGUUCCCCAUAAAGACGAUGAAGAGGGUGAAGCUUUGACCUACAUUAUAUGUCCAGUCUCUUCUCCUGGACCCGCUCCCAACAACCUCUAUGCUAGCAUCAACAAACCAAAAAACUAAAAAACAGGAAAAAACGCAGAAUCUCUUUUUCUUUGAUAACUUCUUUCUUUCCAUUCUUGUGUAAUGAAAGAGGAUUUCUGUUUUGCUAAAGUUCCCAGGAUUUAACAACAGUGAUAAUAUAAUCUGUAUUUAAAUUUUUCAUUUCUAACACAGAAUGUUGCACUAUAUUUUUUCAUAGAUUGUUUAUUGCUUUAUCAGUCUACAUAUAUGUGUUUGUAUAUCUGCAGUUUAGGCCUGAUUUAAAUGAUGAUAUUAAAAAGUGUUUUUCCAUUAUGUAAAAUCCCAAGCAGCCAAUAAAGGCUCCAGCACGUGAGUUUUAUUGUCACGGUACUGGGUCUCUGACCCAGUGUUUUUGUUGGUUUUAGUUAUGUUCUUUGUUUAUUGUAUUUCAUGUAAAGGGUUCCUGUUACUUUGCCUUCCCUGUGUCCCAUGUCUAGUUACCCUCGUUAUCCCUCAGUGUAUUUAAGCCCUGUGUUUUCCUUGUUCUAUGCGGUGUUGUACGUUGUGUGUUUACCUGUGUGCACCUCUCUGUGUGCUUAGUUUAUUUUUCCAGUGUAGUUUUGUAUUGUUUCUCCCAGCCAGCAAAUAAAGCUGUG